UCUAGGUGGUCCCAUUGCCCCACAGCUCUUUGGGAUGGGAGCUGGGGACUGUGCUGGUGCCCCUGGUGGGCUCAGCCUUGGACAUGCUCCCUGGCAUGAAUCCAAGGUGGGGAAACACCCUCUUCUGUUGCUUUGCCAAGAAACUCUCAUCUUUCUCCACUGCUCAGGGUCCACAGCCCACAAGCUUGUCAGGCUGGCUGCAUCGCCUCCCCACCUCUUUAAAGUUUGCAGUAAUUAACGACCUGCUAAAAAGCAGCCAAUUCAGUUCUUAAUGUCAAAGUCAUCCUUUCCAGACCCAGAAUUGCUGGGUGAUGGGCAUGGAGAGCUCAACCCUCCUUGUCUUGUUGAUUUCCAGAGCUGGAUGCAUCGGUCAAAGCGUGAAGUUGUGGGGUCCUGGGGCAGAGAAUCCUACAGAAAUGGGGUCCCACAGACUUGAUCCUGCCUGCAGAGCUGGUGGACAGAACGACACUAUUGAUUUGGACCUGCAAAUAAGCACCAAGUGAUGAAACACCCAACAGAAAGAAUACCUGCGUUCACGGAUAUAUUGACAGAGCCUUUAUUGGGAUUCUUCCAAGCACAUUAGAGAUACAUCUAUUUGGCAUGUAAUUAACUCUAAAAUGAGAUCAGCGAUGAACAUAUAAUUAUGGUUCCUUGUAAAGAGCAGGUAAGCAGUUGUCAAGUGCCCCUGGCUGGUCAGUCAACUGCUCGUUGUGCAGAUUGAUGUAGCAGAGAUGCAGAAAUGACUGCGAGGGACCUGAGGGGCGUCGAGGAGGCUGGUAAUGAGGGGGGGGUGGUGGGACAUGAGCCCUCCUGCUCCCUCGCUGCCAGAGAAAGGCAGAGGUGCCAUCAGUUUGCCCUUGGGUUGUGGCUCUGGUAAACCCACAGGGACUUUGCCACCUCCACAGCACUGAACCCACCUCAUCCCUGGGCUUUUGGUGCUGCAAAUCCCCUGAAACUGAGUUCUGCACUGGAAGUCCUGCUCCAUCCGCUGGCUGCAGCUGGAUGGGCUCCGUGUUGUCAGCUCUCACUGUGGCCAUUGGCCACCUGCAAACAGUGAUAUUUCACUGACCAACUGCGUGGCAUUACCUGGCUUCUCUAGGAGGGGCUUUCACAGCUGGAAAUGGCCUUGUUGCCCCACACAUCCAACCAGGAGGAAGAAAUCCCUCUGCUCCCACAGACCUGUGGGACCAGAUGCUGGGUAACAGCAAACUAAACACAAAAAACCCACCUUUGCUUUCGUGUCUCUUCGCAGUCCCUAUCGUCGUCCACUCCCAGGAUGAUGUGAAAGCCCUGUCGCUCCUGCAUCUUCACCCAGGAGGGCAUCAAUAGAGGAAUGAUUGCAGCCAGCCCCGUUUGUAUUUGGGAAGUGAGAAGGAGAGCAGGGCCAAGGCAGAGCUGGGACCCUGUGUGGAGAUGUCUGAGCACCCUGGAUUGCAGCUUUAAUAGCUGGAGUCGUGGGAACAGGAGUCUGGUGAGCGAAAGGCUGUGUCUGAUACUCUGCAGCUCUGCCUGCUCUAAUAAAAAUCGCACAUUUCAUGUAUAUUAUUUUUUAAAUUGAAGCUUUAAAAAAAAUCAGUGGUGCUUGGCUGCCUUAUCCCCUUAUUGGGAUUAUUUAAAUCAAAAGCAGAAAGUGGGGGGAAGGCUCCUUUUGUAACUCCAGCUGGCUGGGAGCCAGCCGUGUCUGUGCUGCUGCGAGCAAGCAGUGGUCCCCGGGUUGGUGCAGGGCAGAGAACUGCGGGGUGGCUGCGUGUCUUGUGUCUGCAGAGGCUGCUGCCCCACCAGGACCCCAACAACUGUUGCGAGAGUAAGGUGAAGCUGUUGAGCCCAUAUCCCUCCUGGGUUGAUGGAAGGAGUGGAGACCUGCAAGUGCUGAGGGUCUGGGAGAAGCCACGUCCUCCCUUCAGCUCUGCCGGCACUGGCUUUUGCCUUCUGCGUGAUGCGGUGUUGCUGUUCAGUUGCCUGCAUUGCUGUGGGACGGUGCAUUGUGCUGUGCAGCUGUGUCCUGCUGUCCCUGUCCGUGGCACGGGGGUUGGAAUUCAAUGACCUUUAAGGUCCCUUCCAACCCAAACCACUCCAUGAUUGUGCAAAGCAGUUGCCAUCACCUGAUGCUGGUAGCGUCGCUUCCCUUGCUGAACCCCUUGCUCCUGGGAUGGUUUUCCCUUCCCAAGAUGGGCAGGAGAGCGGCUUUGCCCUUGUCCAUGCAGCCUUCGUGUGGCUCAGCCCCCUCAUCUCAGCAGAGAUUAAGUUGGAGGGGGAGCUAAGGUGGCCAAACAUCCCAGCAGUGACGGGGACAGCAGACUUGGUGGAGCUGGUGGUUGUUUUUGUUGUGCAACUGCCUCGCUGCCUCCUCCCUGAGCAGGGCUGUCUGCAGCUCGCUGCUAUCGCUAUAGCUAUGGGCAAUUUUCUGCGUUCAAGUUUUGCAAAACCAUAUUAAGAAAAAUCUCGCCCUGGUGCUGCUGGCUCUCCUCCAGGCUGGAAAUUGCAUUCCCCUGCUUGAAAUUCCUCCUGGAGUUUCAGAUGGAGAAUGUACAACUUCACUUUCCAUCUCACGCUGCUGUCGCACACUUCAAUAACAGGGGCUGUGCUCCACCCCAGAGGUGGCCGCCUGCCAGGAUUUCGAAGUGAAUGCAUCAGAGUGGUUGUGGUGAGAAUUUGGAUGGACAAAAAGGUGCUGGAGCUGUGGUUCAGCCCCAGCCCUUCCUGUUCUCCAAGCCUGGCUCAGCCUCUUGGACAAAGGAUGGAGUUUGCGAGUUAAUUUUUCAUCCUCUGUGUGUGCGUGAUGAUGAGUUUGUGGGUGUCUCCUUCGCCCCAGGUGAUGGGAACCUGCUGGAUCCAGAGGAGAUUGGCUCUGCUCACCGCAAUACAGUACUCAUGACCCCAGUUAGAGGGAGACAGGAUUCAUUCCUCCUCCUUCAGGCUCGCACCCUCCCAGCUUGGCUGGUCCUGAUGAGCCUGGGCAAAGUCCUAAUGGUCCCAUCUGGGUUUAUGCCUCUCCACACGAGUGGGAUCAGGGCAACCCCCCAUGACAUAUAUCAUGGUUGAGGUUUUCUUUUCAAUACCCACUGGUUAAACCUCAAAGCUCUCCAGGCCUCUGAGGAAAGGUUUUAAUGUCACAGACCAGCUGAGCUGGGUGACAAAAGGUAGUCUUCACUGACACCCUGGAGUGGACUACAAAGAGGUGGCACUGACAAAGACCAUGGUGGCAUCCCCCAUCUGGAUGAUCCCAGGGCUCAGCUCCUGGUGGGGACCACAGCUUAGAGAUCCUGUCUCGAUGGCUGGUGGGGCUGUCCUCCUUUAUGGACAGUCACAGGGCUGCUCUUCCAGCAAGCAUCACCAUGCCUGGAGCUCGAGCAUCCCAUCCCCUGUGGUACCUGCAUCCCUGGGGACAGGGACACCAGCAUCCCCAGGGACCGGGAUGGCGUUUGGCUCCCCUGGCUGCAGGCACUGCCUUGUCUCCUACCCGAGCUCUCUUUUAUGGAUUGCUCUUUGAACCCAAGGAGUUGGGCUGUAUUUGUAAAACACACCGCCGUAAUCAGGGAAACAGCCUUCCUAAUUGGAUUUGAACGGCCUGGAGUAAUUGGCUGUUUGGGAGCAGCCGUUUCAAAUCAAGCUGUGCGCGCCUUAAUAAGUUUGCUUGCCUUUAUCAGCUUGGCAAACUCUGCAGUGGAGGUGACCUGUUAAAUGAUCUCCUGUGUUUCUAAAGCAUUUUUCAUCCCCACUGAUCCCUUGAGCCCUUUCCUUUCUUUCUUUGUAAUAACAAACUCUGGGAAAUCCCUGAGCACCCACGCAUCGGGCAGAGGGGAGGUCUCUGGAGGAGAGGCUGAGUCACGGUGCUGGGGUGGCCAGCUGGUUAUCCAGGGUUAUCCUGCUCAGGUCUGUGGGUUUUGGGGUGGAGGAGAGGAUAGACAAGGAGAACAUUGAGCUCUUGUGGUGCCACACUGAUGUUGCUCUGUUUGGCCCUUGUUGGCUGUCCUGGAUCAGGAACCAACCUCACCCGCUUUGGGACCAGGAUUUCAGCUCCCAGAGUGGCUGGCUAAUCCCUCCUCUCUGGGUGAGCCCUGGGAUGAGGCACCGGGAGUUUUGGGUUGCUCUGGGAGUCUGCUCUGUCCCAGAGCCUCCUCCCUCCAAGGCUGAGCCCCCCUGGGGGCAGCUGGCAGGUACAACCCUGAGCAGCGCUUCCCCAUGGGGGUCCCUGCUUCCCCCCUUGGAUGCUGUAGUGGCAGAGCUCAAGCGGUUUGGAGGGAGUGCUUGUCACUGCUGACCCAGCCCAGCUGGGUAGGGCAGGAGGCAGUCCAGAGCCUCCCAGGCACAGGCAAGCGACUCCUGGCUCUCCUGUCAUCCAUGAAAGGUGGCCCUGAGGUGAACUGCAGGUCUGGUAGAGAUGGAGCAUCAACUAUUGCUGAGCAUACUCAUGGGAUGAGGACACUCCUCGUAGCUCCCUGUGCCUCCCAGAGCCUGGAGUGCUGGCACUGGCUAGGUUCAGCCCUCUGCUGCUUUAUUUUCCCCUUUUGCAGCUCACUGGUCGGUGCUGAGCAGUGAUGCCUUGGCAGUGACGGCCAGCUUGGAUGUGUCUCAGCUCUUCCCCUCGGCAGCCACCGCAUGCUGCUUUGACCAUAUUCUAGCCCCUCCGUGGAGCAUCUUCCUCCUCUUGGCCAUGGUUCCUUCACUGCUGGAGAUCCCCAGUCCCUGGGGAGCUACCGAGCCACCAGGCAGCUCAUGGGGCUUCCUGCUGGAACCUGGGUGGAAAAAUGACCCUUCUUGUCCUUCAGUAGAGCCAUUCGUCUCAGGGGUUCAAAGCACCCUCAUCCCGGUUGGAGAGCUGAGGCAAUGAUGAUGCAGAAACUGAACUGGCCGGCACUUGCAUCUCAUCAAUCAGGGAUCGGAAGCGCAGAGGCUCCCUCCACAUCCGCAAUGUCUGUGCGCUGCUCCCUGCCAGCGCUUGCAGCCCAUCCAUAAUGCUGGUGACAGCCCCGAACACUUUCAUCUCCCUCUGCCAGAGCAGCCUGGCGGCUCCUGCGAGCUGUGAGCGGCCCUGGGGACCUGUUAUGCCCCAGGGGUGCCCGUGGGACCACUGCUGUCACCCCCCUGGGGCCACAGGUGCCACCUGAGUGUGCAACACAGGGCAGGGACCACGGUGUGCACCAGCCUUGGGAGCAAGCUGAGGUGUUGGGGUACAGCAGUGCCUGUCCCCGCUCUCCCCAGGGUGAGGAUAAAUCCUCCCACCAUUGUUCCCAGCUGUGUGUCAUGGAGGGCUGGCAAACAUGAUUGGGCUCUCUGGCUGCACUGGCUUCCACCCUGCUGCUCGCUGCCUGCCUGGCUUUGGCUCCUUGGUGCAAAAACAUCAGUGCCCAUCGCAGUGGCAUCGCUCCUGCCUGGGGACAGCAGCCCUGACUCCCGGUGGCCACCAGCACUGCUGGCAGCCCAGUGAGCGGCUGCAGUGAGAGACCUGCCGACAGGAACACCCAACUCUCGGAAAGCUGCGCUCUCGGGUAGGCUGAGUUAUCUGAGCUGUAGAUGAAGGAGAAAGGCAGAGGACAUCCGGGCAGACAAUGGGGCUGGGGGGGGGUCACUGGCCUGGGUGCACGUCCCGUGUCCCACACAGUCCUUGGGUGGCCAGAGAUGCGGCGGUGUCUGCUGCCUGCCGAGGGCACUGAGUAUGGGGAACAUAAUUUCAGGAUGUGUUUUUUUCCAAACACAAUGUCCUAAUUUUGCUAAAAAAUUGGACCUGAGUGCAUGUUGUCCUCAACUGCCUGAGCUGCUGGCAGGGCAGGAAGCCCCCCUUAUCUGGGGGGGUCUUGGAUGAAGCCAGGGACCCUCCUGCAGGGUGACCUGGAUGGGAGGUUGGGGAAGCCUUAGGCACAGCCCAAGCACCCACAGUGCUUGGUGCCUCCCCUCCUCAUCAUGCCCAGCCCCAGCAGCAAGCCCCAAGCUCACAUUUUAAGUGUUUUUCCCCAAUUUUGAAUAUGAGAAAGCAAAAGGCGCUGCUUCUCCGACUGUGCCAGAGCAGCAGCAAGCGCUGAGCCACAUUAGCACCUGGGGCGCAGAGGGGGAGCUGCACCAGCUCACUGUGUGCAGCCCCAGCCCUGCAUCCCGAGGGAUGCCCCCCUUGCUGGCGAUGAGGAGGGUGGCAGAGCUGCUCCAGUCUCCCUUGCCUGCCUUUCCCGAGCCUCCCCAGCUGUGUUUUGACAGGAAGUUUGUCAAAAUGGAUAUAUUACUACCAAAUAUUUCCCUUUUGACAAAUUGGCAUUUUCCAACACCACCACACACAACCCCAACCCAAACAGGGAGCUGGAGUCGUUCCCACCCGCUCUCGCCCGGAGUGAAACAGUUCUUAUUCCUAAUUGCUUACGUCAACCCAACAAGAGCUGGCAAGUGCAGCGCAGCACGGUUUGGAUGCGUUUUUUUAUUUAUCAGACUGCUCCCAAUAACAGAUUCUCUUCCUCGUCGUAAUCUUUCCUCUAUGCUUUUCCCUGGGGAAGUUUCACAUUGCGAUUUGGAAAGGAUCUCCAGUUGCACUCGUGCGGUUGUUUCCUCCCGUUGGAAAGCUGCCGCCGUGCAGGACGGGCCUCGCAGCCUCAGCGCAGCACACAAGCAGCAGCCACGAGAGGGCACAAAGCCCUGUCCUGCUGCAGCCCUGCAGCCCUGCCACCCUGCCCAUUGCACCCUGAAGCUUUGCUACCCUGCUGCCCUACACCCUGCAGCUCUGCAUCUUGCAGCCCUGCCACCCUGCAGCUCUGCAUCUUGCAGCUCUGCCACCUUGCAGCUCUGCCACCCUGCAGCUCUGCACCUUGCAGCUCUGCCACGUUGCAGCCUUGCAUCUGGACCACCCCGUACCCUGCAGCCUGGUCAUCCUGCAGCCCUGCCACCUCGCUAUCCUGCGGCAGUGCCGUCAUGCAGCCCAGCCACCCUACAGCCAUGCUGUCAUGCAAUCAGGCACUCUUGCAGUUGUGCCAUCAUGCCACCUUGCAGCCGUGCCAUCGGACACGAUGCAGCUGUGGCACCACGCAGGAGCAUCGCUGCCUCCUGAUGCAGCUGCCGGCGCAGCUCUGCAGCCGCUCUGCUCUCAGGCCAGGCUCUCCCCCUCCCCUCCACGCUUUCGCUCUUGGAAGACUCGGGGGAUCUAAUUACAAAAAGAGCUAAUUAUAUUAAUAAGUUAAUUAAGACACUGCUGAUUUCAGAUAGAAUAAAAGGAAGGCUUUAGCACAAGACUGAGAAUCUCAGCCUCAGCGUUUCAAGGCGUGGGGCAGGGCGGACACCGGGAGCAUCUCCGUGAUGCCACAGUGGGUCCGAGGGUGGUGGCUCCACAGGAGCCCCCAGGGAUGGGCAUGCAGGGUCGGCCUUGGCUCUUUGCCAUUUGGCAAUGGCACAUGCUGCUGGGAGGGCAGGAGGAAUGGGAUGCUGUUAUUGCCACGUGCGAGGCCCGGGUUUGGCCAGUGGCACCCAGGGAUGUCGGCUGCGCUGCCACUCACUGCGGGCUCCAAGUCCCAUCAUUCACCCAUCACCAGUACUGCGGCACUGGAUGGGAUUUAUUUAGCGUCCAAGAUGUACAUUGCUUUGGGUGCUGGGGGCCUGGCAUUCCCCAGCAGGGAAACCACCUCAUCCCAUCCCACCUCACCCCAUCCCAUCAUCCAUUAAAACACGCAUUUUAAAAUCACAACACCGAAACUGCUGCUUUUUGGGUUAUUUUGGGAGGUGCAGGUGGAAAUCCAGGGCUGCUCUUCUCAUCCCAAACAAUGAAUAGCGGGGCUGUGGUCCACACCUGCGGUGAGAGCCCGUGCAGCCUAAGCCUGAGCAGCCUAAUUAGUGCUGCCUCGACGGUGCUGCUGGCUAAUUGCGUGGCAGUGAUGGCUCUUUAUUCCCAGCCCUGCUCCUCCCUGGGAUCUCGAUCCCGCACGCACAGCCUCACCGCGCAGCCCUUUGGGGGAUGCAGCGGCUCAGAACACCCACUGCUGCCCCAGGAUCAGAAAAAAAAGAGUGGAGGGAAGGAAAAUGGGAUGAGGAAAAAGGAAAUGGCAUGAGGAAAAAUGAAAAUUGAAUGUGAAUAGAAGAAAAUAAGAUGAGAAAAAAGGAAAUGGGAUGGGGAAAACCAUGGGAAAAUGCAUCCCACAGGCGCAAGGGAGUGGGAGGGCUGCCCCAGGCCAGGCUGUCCCUUCCACGAGUGGGGGUGCCCAUGGGUGGGAGGCACCCUGGUGCUGCCCCACGCAUGUAUCCCCCACUCUGGGUGUUGCUUUGCCCA